CCGCUCCACCGGGCUCCCCCGCAGACCUGCGAGCCCCUUUCCUAAUCUACCGGGCUGAGCCGGGUGCCGGAGCCGGAGAGCGCGAGAACCCCACAUUCGAGUUGGCCCCUGAAGGAACUUGAGUUUGUUACCCAUAGAACAGACUAUCUCUGAAGUCUCUUAUUUGACAAGUAUAAGAUCUUCUUCCUCUUCCCUAUAUCAUCUUAUUCUUCAUUAUAAAUCAUGAGGAAUCAAGAUAAAAGAGCUGCGCACAAAGAUUCAGAACCAUCCACAGAGGUGAAUCACACAGCCUCGUCAUAUCAAGGAAGACAGCAGGAAACAGGUAUGAACCUCAGAGGUGUAGAUGGAAAUGAACCAACAGAAGGAAGUAACUUACUGAAUAACAGUGAAAAAAUGCAAGAAACACCAGCUGAACCAAAUCAUUCGCAAAGACGAAGACAAACACGUGCUUGUCCUCCACGUGGUUUACUGGCUAGAGUAAUAACAAAUGCUACCAUGGUGGUUCUUCUGUGGGCUGUGGUUUGGUCAAUUACCGGCAGUGAAUGUCUUCCUGGAGGAAACUUGUUUGGAAUUAUAAUGCUACUCUAUUGUGCCAUCACUGGAGGUAAACUUUUCGGACUCAUUAAGUUACCUACAUUACCUCCACUGCCUCCUCUUCUGGGCAUGCUGCUUGCUGGCUUUCUCAUCAGAAAUAUCCCUGUCAUCAGUGAUAACAUACAGAUCAAGCACAAGUGGUCUUCUGCUUUGAGAAGCAUAGCCCUGUCUGUCAUACUGGUCCGCGCUGGCCUUGGGCUUGACUCAAAUGCCCUGAAGAAGUUGAAGGGUGUUUGUGUAAGGUUAUCCUUGGGUCCUUGUCUCACAGAGGCAUGUACAUCUGCUGUCCUGGCCCACUUCCUCAUGGGUUUACCAUGGCAAUGGGGAUUCAUGCUGGGUUUUGUUUUAGGUGCUGUGUCUCCAGCUGUCGUGGUCCCUUCAAUGCUCCUUUUGCAGGAAGGAGGUUAUGGUGUUGAGAAAGGCAUCCCCACCUUACUCAUGGCUGCUGGCAGCUUCGAUGACAUUCUGGCCAUCACUGGCUUCAACACCUGCCUGGGCAUGGCCUUCUCCACAGGCUCCACGGUUUUUAAUGUUCUCAAAGGCGUUUUGGAGGUGAUCAUUGGUGUGGUGAUUGGGUUGGUUCUUGGAUUUUUUAUUCAGUAUUUCCCAAGCAGUGACCAGGACAAGCUUGUGUGGAAGAGAGCAUUCCUGGUCUUGGGGCUGUCUGUGCUGGCUGUGUUCAGCAGCACGUACUUUGGUUUCCCUGGGUCAGGAGGAUUGUGCACGCUGGUCACAGCUUUCCUUGCAGGCAGACGAUGGGCCAGCACAAAGACAGAUGUUGAAAAAGUUAUAGCAGUUGCCUGGGACAUCUUUCAGCCCCUUCUCUUUGGACUGAUUGGAGCAGAGGUGUCAAUUGCAGCUCUCAGACCAGAAACUAUAGGUCUUUGUGUUGCCACCCUGGGCAUUGCAGUAUUAAUACGAAUUUCAGUCACAUAUCUGAUGGUGUGUUUUGCUGGUUUUAACAUUAAGGAAAAGAUAUUUAUUUCUUUUGCAUGGCUUCCAAAGGCCACAGUCCAGGCUGCAAUAGGAUCUGUGGCUUUGGACACAGCAAGAUCACAUGGAGAGAAACAGUUAGAAGGAUAUGGAAUGGAUGUGUUGACAGUGGCAUUUUUGUCCAUCCUCAUCACAGCCCCAGUUGGAAGCCUACUUAUUGGUUUGCUCGGCCCCAGACUUCUCCAGAAAGCUGAACAAAAUAAAGAUGAAGAAGAUCAAGGAGAGACUUCUAUACAAGUUUAGAGGAAGCUUGGGGACUCCAGAGAGGGAACUUUAAGACCACCUUUGGCACUGAGAACCCAAACUUUCUGGGCCCAUCUUCAAGAGCAGUUCUGGCUCUUUCCUCCGCUGCCGCUAAGGUGCUCGGUUCUUCAGAGGAAGCUAAGGCCGUUUUGGGGUGAGGCCCUCACUUCAUUCGGCGACUAGCGCCGCGCCUGGCAGCCCCCACCACUUGUAUCUACUCUGCCCUCAUUCUGCACGACGAUGAAGUGACGGUCACGGAGGAUAAGAUCAGUGCCCUCAUUAAAGCAG